CUCACUGCCAGAAGCCAGAAGCCAUUACAAGAGCUCCUUCCCCACUCCUCAGUCCUCAUCUUGACAUCUUCCUCCUCAACCCACUCAUGGAUUCCCUUCCUCCCUCCUACCUCACCCUCAUCCUCGCUUGCCUUCUCCCUCUCCUCAUUCCCGCAGGUGUUGUGGCCACAACGUUCACAUUUGUAAACAGAUGCGAGUACACUGUAUGGCCGGGUAUCCUUGCAAAUGCAGGAAGUCCUAGGCUCGACACCACAGGAUUCGAGCUCCCUAAAGACACUGCCCGUUCAUUCCAAGCUCCGACCGGCUGGUCCGGCCGCUUUUGGGGUCGAACUGGCUGCAUUUUCGAUGGAUCCGCAUCCGGUUCUUGUCUCACCGGCGACUGCGGCUCUGGUAAGGUCGAAUGCGACGGUUCCGGGGCAGCCCCUCCGGCCACGCUCGCUGAGUUCACUCUCGGCACUACAGGUGGUCAGGACUUUUACGACGUUAGCCUCGUGGAUGGCUACAAUCUCCCUAUGAUCGUGGAAGGAACGGGCGGGUCAGGUGUCUGUGCUUCGACCGGGUGUACUUCCGAUCUGAACAUGCAGUGCCCGGCGGAGUUGAGAGUUGAAGACGGCAGCGCUUGUAAGAGCGCGUGCGAGGCUUUCCGUAGUCCGGAAUACUGUUGCAGCGGCGCGUAUAGUUCACCGGCGACGUGUAAACCAUCUGUCUACUCGGAGAUGUUCAAGGCCGCUUGCCCGAGGUCGUAUAGCUACGCCUACGACGAUGCUACGAGUACGUUUACUUGCGCAGGUGCAGAUUAUACGAUCACCUUCUGUCCAUCCUCUCCAAGCCAGAAAUCUUCACGAGACAUGCCUCCUAUGAACCCAACCAUGGCACAAGGAUCAGGGACGGGUGUGGUAGCUACUGGUACCGGAUCCGGGUAUGGGUACACUAACACGGGUUCUAUGUCGAGUUCGGGAUCCGGAGAGGCCGUUCUUGCAGAUGGGUCGUAUUUGGCUGGUUUGGCCAUGGGAAAUACAGCCAGAACACUCCCCUUCUCUGCCUUCAUUUUCAUUUCCAGCUGCUUUUUACCCUUUAUGUGCUUGCUUUAGCCUUGUGAAGGAUCAUUUUCUUGACUUCUUUGCUUAUCAAAUGUAAAUGAGACGUAGGAUUUUCGGAGUAAACGGGUUCUUGGAUUUUGGCUUGCCAGGAAAUCUGACAAAUUCUUCCUUAUUAUAUACCACCCCCUUCAAGAUUCUCGAGGAAAAAAACAUUCUAUGUUCCAUACUUGUUA